CAGUCAAACUGACAAUCGGAAAUGGUUGAUCAUUUUUUAAAAUGUGUUAAGCGGCAUGAACUGAAAAUGUCUGAAGUUACAGAAAAAACUGCAAAGGAUUCCGAGACUCCUGGCAACCUUGGAUGUCAGCAUUAUUCAAGAAAAUGUCAAUUUAUUGCUCCAUGUUGUAAAAAGAUUUAUGCAUGUAGAGUGUGUCACAAUGAAUCAGAAGAUCAUGAAAUAGACCGCAGUGCUGUGUCUCAAGUUAAAUGUUUACUCUGUGGCCUGGUACAAAAGGUUCAGAAGUCAUGUGAGAGCUGUGAGACGAUAUUUGGGAAAUAUUUCUGUGAGAAAUGUCGGUUAUAUGAUGAUAAUGAUAAAGGACAGUUUCACUGUGAUGAGUGUGGUCUUUGCAGAAUUGGUGGUAGAAGUAAAUACUUCCAUUGCAAGAAAUGUGAUAUGUGUCUGUGUGUAAAACUGAGAGAUAAUCAUAAGUGUGUAGAGGAGAAUUCACGUAGAAACUGUGCUGUUUGUCUUGAAGAUCUUCAUACAUCUAGAAUGGAUGCUCAUAUACCUAAUUGUGGACAUCUUAUACAUAGGAUAUGUUUAGAGCAAUGCAUGAAAACAGGGAUUUAUGCAUGUCCAACAUGUGGACAAAGUUUAUAUGACAUGCACAAAGCAUGGGAAAUGUUGGACACUGAAGUAGCUAAUACACCGAUGCCAGAUGAAUACAAGAACUUCCAUGUGUAUGUACUUUGUAAAGACUGUCAUAAGGAGAGUAGAGUGCUGUUUCAUGUGAUUGGUCUGAAGUGCCAAAUGUGUGGAUCGUACAACACCUGUAGGACUGAGGAUCCAGAUAGCUCUGCUUCAAAUAAGGCUUCUCAAUCAAAUACCAGCGGGUCCGAGCCUACAGGGGCAGCAGGAGAUGGUCAGCCUACAACUACAACAACAGGAGCCUCAAACACGACCCAUGUACCUUCAGAGGGAACUGAUAAAAAGAAAUAAUCAAAUAUUCAUGAAGGUCAUCUGCUUAUAAUUUGCUUUAGGAUAAAUAUGUUUAGGUAAAAAAUGAAAUAAUUAUUUUUGAAAUAUUGGCAUGUAAGCAAGCAUUAGUGGUUUUAUUUUUGUUGCUUUUUCUGUAUUUUUGAUACUUGUUUUUAUCAGAUUAUUACUUGGUGUAAAUUAUAAUUACGUUAGCAUGAUAGGUCAGGAUUUCUGCUUAAUUUAUCAUUUUCAUCAAAAUUAAUGUAACAAGAAAUAUAUUCAUAAGAUAUGAGAAAUGUUAACAAAUAUUAUAAGCUUAGGACCCUUUCAAUAUAAGUUACAAGGAUGGAAAAGAAAUGUUUUGUAAUGUACUGGUUUGAUUUUAAGGCUUCCAUAAUACAUCUGUCACAAACUGAUGAAAUUUCAUAUGUUUUGUCGCAUGAUGUCUUUUUAUAUUGUGUAUGCAUUGAAAUGACAAACAAGAUAGUAAAACAUUGUCAACUCAAUGUUUCUUAAGUAUAGGGUUAAGUAUAGAAUUAUGUAAUUGUAAAGAUAUGUUUGAAUGAUUUAAGGUGUUCUUUUGAAGAAAAAAACGCCCUAUUGCUACAGUCAUGUGUCAUUUACAUUGCCAUCCAAAACCUUUAACAUUGGUCAGUAUGUUUUUAUUUAUCAAUUGAUUUGCUUCAUACUUGAACACAACAGCCCUUUGGAGAGGACCUUAUAUUGAAGACUGAACUUGUCACUCUCAAAUGACCUUGUUCUUCAAAGUCAAAUGAAUUUUGCAUGGUUCCACAGCAAUCCUUUGGAUAAGACCUUCAAGUAGACCAAGUUGAUUAUCACUUAAAUCAUCAAUGACCUUAUCUUGAAUCUCAUAUUAUUGAAUUUUGCUUGAUUUUUCUAUAAUUGGCUAUAACUUUAUUAUUUAUGAAUAGAUUGUGUAUAGAUUGUUUUCAUACUUGACCACAACUACCUAAAGGAAAAUGUCUUAAUAAGAUCACAGUCAUUUUGACAUCUACUCAAAAAUGACCUCAACCGUGAAGUUAAAAUUAUUGUUAUUUCACAGUUUUGUUUUGCUUUGAUUGACUAUAACUUCUAAGUAAUGAAAGGAUUGUGUUCAUACUUGGGCACAACAAUCCUUAUGUCAAGACAUCAAAGAAGAUAGAAAUGAACUUGACCUUAAUUUGACACUUACACUAAAGGUCAAAUUAGUGAAUUUCUCAAAAUGUUCAUAUAUUUACAUAACAUGGUCAAAAAAACACUAAUAACAAAACUGACAUGUCUAGUUGUUCAGAUAUGGCCAUGAUCUUUAUUUGACCUUGACCCUGAAGGCCAAAUUAUUGAAAUUUUUGAAAGUUUUAUUUAUAUACAGAUUUGAUUUAAACUUAGACAAAAGAACACAUAUGACAAAACUGACAUUUUGAAUUAUUCAACCCUUUAAUUAACCUUGACUUCAAGGUCAGUAUUGAAAUUUACUUAAAUUGCCAUACAUUUUUUAUCUAUUUACAAAUUUGACUUAUACUUGGAUAAAAGAACAUAUGACCAACUGACAUGUUGAGUUAUUUUAAAUGACCUUGACCUUUGAAUGGCCUUUACUGUCAAGGUCAAAUGAUUGCAAUUGGCUUAAAUUUUUGUAACUUUGUUAUUUAUUUAUAGAUUUGAUUCAUUCUUUGACAAAAGAACACAUAUGACAAAACUGACAUAAUGAUUGAUUCAGAUGUGACCUUGACCAUUUAAUGACCUUGACUGUCACAAUCAAAUAUGAUAUAUGAAUUAUAUUUUGUUCAAGACAGUUAUGUAUUCUGGGAGUAUUAUUUACUGAAAUAUUUUUCCUCCAAUGUUCUUGACUUUAGAAAUAAGACAAGAGCGAUCAGUAAUCACAUGUGUCGCCUCAUGAUGGCCAAUUUCAUGUUGGGACAAAUUUUGUGACAGACGGACAGACAGACGGACAGUGCACAACUAGACUAACCACUUUG